ACUGGUGACACCCGAUUGGAACAAGGCUGAUGUCACCCGAGGGGUUUGUGCCGCCGCCGAGUUGAGGAGCAGAAGGAUAGUUUUGUUUUGUUUUUUGGUGGCUUAUACCAGCGUGCGACAUCCUUACAGAAGCACGGGGGUUAUCCCAGUGUCAGAGGGGAGGAGCAAAGGGACUGGAAUUACAGCUGACUCAGUGCUCGGCAAGUCGUCCAGUCGGCGCGCACAAGGAGGUCAAAAAUAAGUGACGGCAGGGCACCAGUUUACCCCCUGACAGAGGAUUUGGAAUUUCCGAGACAUUUACUUGUGCGGGAGCAGGGCGGAGAAAACAAAAAAGAAGAAAAAAGGGAUUUGAAACGCAGCUCUCAAUCGAUCGAUUUAAACUCCUCAGUAAUCCUAGAUGGGUGCGCGCACGCAAUGGGACGGUCACAUCAGCCAUAGACAGGACUCGCAAAGUGCCAUCGAUUCACCUCCGACUGCAAACUGAUGAAGAACCGGAGGGCUUUGUGAACGAACACGAAGAGACACAUCCGCCGCUUUUGUUUUCUCGUUCUCCGCGCCAGGCGGCCCGACGGAUAAUGGAACGCUGCCUGUCCCAACGGAAGACUAUGGACGUGUGCCUGAGACGCCUGAAGCAGGAGCUGCUCUCCAUGAAGGAGGCGGGUGACAACCUGCACGAGCAGAUGAACAGCAUGAUGGGAGCUCUCCAAGAGCUGAAACUUCUGCAGGUUCAGACAGCCUUGGAACAGCUGGACAUCUCUGGAAGUCAGAGGUCAACUCCGGCCCUGGCUCCUUGGGCUAAGGAAACCUCCGGGAAGUUGAUGGACUGCAUGGACCAUGAUGGGAGUGAUAGGAGCCCCACUUAUUCCGAGGAUGAGCCAAGCACCCGGUCUUCUUCCAUUGAGUCCAAUUGCUUCUCCUCCCAGAACAGCAUGCAUUAUGCCAGUUCUCCCAGUGCCACGGGCUCAUUGGGUACGGACCUCCAUACCCCGCUCUCCACAGAGCCUUCCCAAGGGCUCUUCAUAAAGGAGAGUCCCUGUCGGAACUGGGAAUCCGGGGGGAGCAUGGAGGACACCAAUGACUGGACUUCUUCUUUAAUGUGCCAGACCCGAAACCGACAGCCACUCGUUCUGGGGGAUAACAUUUUUGCCGAUCUGGUGGGAAACUGGUUGGAUUUACCCGAGGUGGAGAAAAAGUCCUUGGAGCCCAUCGAGGAUCAUUCUCUGAGGAUGAGCCGCUCUCAGGAGAUCUGCCGGAAGAUCUCCCUGACGGCAAACAUGUUUAAGAAGAUCCUGCGGAGCGUCCGGCCGGAUAAGGACAAACUGCUCAAGGAGAAACCCGGCUGGUUACCUCUGGUGGAUCGACAGGCGGACGUCUCGAAAAGGGCCAAAAAGGUGGCAAAGCCAAAAGGAACGUUCUACCUGCCGUUCCGAGUGAGCGCUGCAGGAAAGAAAGGACUUCAGCCGGCGGACGACCAGAAGAGCCCGAGACCCCCAGUUUACAUCGCCGAGCUCCCUGCCGACUCCAAAGAGAAAGUGCAGCCACCGCUGUUUGAUUACAACACGGCCGUGUGGGUCUAAUUGGAGCCGACUGCCCGCGACCUCGGACCUCACGGGAUUAACGCUUAAGUGGGAUUUUUUCUUAGUCUUCCAAAUGCGAGUCGCCACUGAAGGCACAUUUCAGACCUGCUGACGUGAGGGGGUCUCACUUGGCCUGUGCUGUCGUCUGAUGAUGGGAAUAACAAACUGCUUUAAAUCAAGUGGGACAGGUGGAUGAUGUCAAUGCCACGGCAAGGAGGAUGGUCAGUGCCGGCUUAACAGGCCGGAGAAAUCAAGUGGCAAUCCUGAUGGUCCUGGUGGUCUUUACCCAGACCCUCAUGCGCAUUAUUAAGACCCCUUUACAGGAACGUCUCCACACCAAAGGGUUCAUCGACUCCUGCAUAUCCUGAGGAGUUAAAAAGAGGACAGCUGGCAUUGGGGGCAGUCAGGGCUGUAGGAGAGAAGCAAACUGUAAAGAAGUGAGGGGACACAAAAUGACAGUGAGGAUAAUGAAAUGAAGGGCGGGGGGCAAUGCUGAGGGGGUCACUGUUGGCACAGGUAAACUUUAAACAUGGCGGCUCACUGUUGGAAAGGCACAAUCUCGGCAAGGGGGUCACUGUUGAAAUGGCUGAAUAUUACAGAGGGGUAGCCACUGAAAUCACAAACGGUUGGGGGUCUCUGUGAGGACAGCAAAAUAUUAAGGAGGGAGCUUCUAAUGAAGCAGAUAACAGUUGGGGGUCUCUGUUAGAACAGCACAAUAAUAGGGAGAGGGGUCACUAUUGAUACAGAAAACAAAUGGAGUCAUUGUUGGGACAGGUACAUUUUAGAGAUGGUCAUUAGUAGUAGUAGAUGGCCAUUACUGAAAGAGAAAACUGUUUAUGAGGAGUAGCCAUAUAAACAAAAAGGAUGGAGGAUGUCACCAUGGGGAUGAUAAAAUGUCCGAUCACCAUUGAAAUAUGAAUACCAAAGCUGGCUGUGCUACUCGUCUGAGAGGAUUUGAAAUCUAAGUAAUCCGCCAUUUGCAGUGCACCAUCUACUGGGAUGUAUUUUGUAAUGCAUAUAGUAAAAAAAUGCAUUGCAUUUGUCAUUUCAACAGAUGGCACAUUCCAGACAUUUUUAUUAAUACAAGUACUGCAAAUGCUUGUGAUGCACCAUCUGUUGGAAAGACAAAUGCAAUGCAUAUGUCUCUGUUAUAUGCCAUUUGGCAUGAGAUUCGCAAAUCUGUGUUAAUGCUUGUGAUGCACCAUCUGUUGGAAUGACAAAUGCAAUGCAUAUGUCUCUGUUAUAUGCCAUUUGGCAUGAGAUUCGCAAAUGUUGUGUUAAUGCUUGUGAUGCACCAUCUGUUGGAAUGACAAAUGCAAUGCAUAUGUCUCUGCUAUAUGCCAUUUGGAAUGAGAUCCAUAAGAGAAGUGUUAAUGCUUGUGAUGCACCAUCUGUUGGAAUGACAAAUGCAAUGCAUAUGUCUCUGUUAUAUGCUAUUUGAUAUGAGAUUCAUAAGAGAAGUGUUAAUGCUUGUGAUGCACCAUCUGUUGGAAUGACAAAUGCAAUGCAUAUGUCUCUGCUAUAUGCUAUUUGAUAUGAGAUUCAUAAGAGAAGUGUUAAUGCUUGUGAUGCACCAUCUGUUGGAAUGACAAAUGCAAUACAUAUGUCUCUGUUAUAUGCUAUUUGAUAUGAGAUUCAUAAGAGAAGUGUUAAUGCUUGUGAUGCACCAUCUGUUGGAAUGACAAAUGCAAUGCAUAUGUCUCUGCUAUAUGCCAUUUGGAAUGAGAUCCAUAAGAGAAGUGUUAAUGCUUGUGAUGCACCAUCUGUUGGAAUGACAAAUGCAAUGCAUAUGUCUCUGUUAUAUGCUAUUUGAUAUGAGAUUCAUAAGAGAAGUGUUAAUGCUUGUGAUGCACCAUCUGUUGGAAUGACAAAUGCAAUGCAUAUGUCUCUGCUAUAUGCUAUUUGAUAUGAGAUUCAUAAGAGAAGUGUUAAUGCUUGUGAUGCACCAUCUGUUGGAAUGACAAAUGCAAUGAAUAUGUUUCUGUUUUAUGCCAUUUGGCAUGAGAUUCGCAAAAGCUGUGUUAAUGCGUGUGAUGCACCCUCUGUUGGAAUGACAGAGACACAGCAACCAGAUGGGCCCAGAGGUAUACACACAUGUAUCCUUUUAUUAAGGCUGAUUGGCUUGGGGUUACUAUUGAUAAAGAAAAAUAUUGAAAUCAAAAGUGUGUUGGGGGGGUCACUAUUAGGAACUAAAAAUAUUAAGUAAUUAUUGACAUGAAGUCACAUUUUUGAUGCCCACCACCCCCCUACUGUAUGGCCUGGUCGAUACACUUAGCUCACAUACAACACAUAUUGUGAUCCUGGCUUCAUAAUGCAGCACUCCCACAAUGCAGUUCUGUUUGGGGUGUACAAGGGGUCAUGGGGGUACAGGAGAAGGGAUUAGGGGGGAGCACAGCAGCCAUCAGGAGGAGUUAUUAUGGCCUGUUUUCUGUCUCUGUUGUUUUAUCUGUGGAUACCUCCGCCUG